AUGGCUGCAGCAGUAGUUCUAUGCGGAAACAAGAGGUCAUUCUUCGAAGAAGAUGUGUUUCCUUCAUCGCUUCAUCGAUCCAAAAGACUUCGAUGCUCUUCUUCUUCGGUUCCUCCUCAACAUGUCAAUCAACUUCGUCGUCCCGCUGAGGAACCCGAACCUGAUCGUUUCGGAAAGAGAGCGAAACUGACUAAUGAGAGUCUGAACAAUAACCUUAAUGGUGCGGAGGAAUGGGUCGAGUUGUUUGUUAGAGAGAUGAGCAGUGCCACCAGCGUCGACGAUGCCAAGGCACGUACUGCAAAGGCGCUUGAGGUCUUUGAACAAUGGAUCAGCUCACGUACUGCCGCCGAGGCUGAGGUGGCAGCCGCCCAGAAGGAGGAGGAGAAUAUGGUGCUGAAACAAGCUAUGGAAGAAAUUCAAAAGGAGAAUAUGAUUCUGAAACGAGGCGUGUUUAUCCAGAACGAGCGUCUUAAAGAAUUUGAGGGCCGAAACCAAGAAUUGGAGCAUGUGAAGCAGUUGGUGAAUCAAUAUAAGGAGAAAGUGAGCGAACUUGAAGUUGCCAACUAUGGCUUGGAACUGCACCUAAAGCAAGCUCAGCAAUGCAACAACUCCAUCCCUCUAAGUUUCCAUCCUCAUGUCUUUUGA